GCCUUAGGCUGCAACUGUCUACCUCCAUCUUCGACUUCCAACUUUUGCCAAAAUCAAAUCCUGAUCAGCCAAGAACUCUUGCAUACGAUUAGUUACUACAUUACUCUUACCAACGCGGAGAAGAAAGAACCUAGAAACUCUCCACAAACGGCACUAGAACACACGACGAUGGCAUCCAAUCCCACACUCCAACGCAAGCAGCACAAAGAAACAGCCCAGAGCGCCCGUGGGGCGAAUCCUUCCUAUGCCACCAGUCACCGUCCAACGCCUGUUGUUCUCGAAGACAACAACAACAACAAGAACAAGAACAAGAACCUUUUGCUAGAAGAUGAAGCCAAUGACGAUGCAAAUGAUCCACUCUCUGGCCCCCACGAAGAAGAAUCUCCACAGCAGCCAAGCCUUGUCAGUACUACUACCACUACUAGUAGUAGUAGUAUCACUGUCGCUUUCCAGGAGGACAAUAAUGCACGACAACAAUUUUUUACUCGACAUAAACCCACCACACCCGAUCAACCUACUAGUCAUCCACCCGAACUAAUCAAAAAAAAUCUCCACCGCAUCUCCCGCCAUCCAACUCUAACCCCUUACCGUCGGCGCACGUAUCGUGCCCUCCUCUCCGUUCCACCCGGCCAGUGGACGACCUACGCUGCGCUGGCGAGGCAUCUGCGCUCGAGUGCCCGGGCCGUAGGUGCGGCGAUGCGCACGAAUCCGUUUGCGCCGGAGGUGCCCUGUCAUCGGGUUUUGGGGAGGGAUGGGUCUUUGGGUGGGUAUAUGGGGAGUUCUCCUUCGUCUAAAAGAGGAAGCAAAGAUGAGCGGAAUCUAGAGCUGAAGAGGAAGUUGUUGGAACGGGAGGGAGUGAGGUUUGAUAAUGGGGGGAAGGCAAUGGGGAGGGGUUUUGUGGAGUUUAGGGAUCUUUAA